CCUCCCUCCUCCAUCCCUCCUUAACUCUACCUGUGAGAAGAACGCUAGUGUUUCACACCUGUGAAACACCGACCAAUCACCAUGCAGACGUCAUCGCUCCGCCGCCAGGUGAAGAACAUGGUCAACCAAUACUCAGAGGCAGAGAUCAAGGUCCGCGAGGCGACCUCCAAUGACCCGUGGGGUCCCCCCUCCUCUCUGAUGUCAGAGAUCGCUGACCUGACCUUCAACGUGGUUGCGUUCACUGAGGUCAUGGGCAUGAUCUGGAAACGCCUCAAUGACAGCGGGAAGAACUGGAGACACGUCUACAAGGCCCUGACGCUACUCGACUACCUGAUCAAAACGGGCUCGGAACGCGUGGCGCAGCAGUGCAGGGAGAACGUCUACACCAUACAGACCCUACGGGACUUCCAGUUCACAGACAGAGAUGGCAGGGACCAGGGGGUCAACGUUAGGGAGAAGGCCAAGCAGAUGGUGGCCCUGAUGAGGGAUGUGGAGAGGCUGAAGCAGGAGAGGACCCUGGCCCUGAAGACCAAGGAGAGGAUGGCUGGAGCAGCCGCAGGGUCAGGGAUGGGCUCUGGCUCUCUGCCUCCACCGUACCCAGGCCGCCGCACCAGCCAGCCCAGCAUGACUGCUCUCUACGGGGAUGACUUCAGCCGGUCCAGGGAGUCCAAUUCCUCUUUCAAUUCCACCUCUUCCUCCCCUCGCCGUGCCGCAUCAGACAUGGAGCAGGCCCGCCCCCAGACCAGCGGGGAGGAGGAGCUACAACUGCAGCUGGCUCUGGCCAUGAGCCGAGAGGAGAGUGAAAAGCCUGCUCCCCCGGUGGACAUUGAUGAACAGACCCAGCUCCAGAUCGCUAUGAGCCUCAGCGAGGAGGAAGCUCAGAAGCCAGCCCCGCCUCCUCCGGUUGCCUUGGAUAUGGAUGAAGAGACACAGCUCCGGAUCGCCCUGAGCCUGAGCAAAGAGGAGCACCAGCAGGAGCAACAGAGUCGCCAAGGAGACGAGUCGUUGCUCCAGAAAGCUCUUGAAGAGAGCAAACGGGAGGCGGCAUCUGGUGGAAUUGGGUCUGCCAUGAUGGACCUGGUGGAGGUGUUUGCUGUGUCGUCUGAGGUGCCUCCUAGUUCUAGCGCCAACCCCUGGGACCUGCCAGGGGGGAACAUCCGCACCCCUCUCCACCACCCCCUCCCCCAGGCCCAGGCUGCUGCUGGGGCUGGUCACCUGCCUGGGGCUGGGGCAGCCUCCGACCCCUGGGACUCACUGGUGGAGGCUCGCUCCACUCCCCCUGUGAUAGAGUCUCCCUGGAUGGUUCCUCCCACCUCCAGUAGCUCCGCCCCUCCUUGGGAGCGUAGCCGGUCCCCUCCGGACCCCUGGGAGAACCCGGGGGUAGCAGACCCAUUCUCUGUCCCAGCUGUUCUUCGAACUGGCAGCCCUACAGAUGGUGACCUGUUUGACGAGGCGAUGGACGGAGGUCAUUUCAGCCUGAACAGUCGUGGUGAGGGAAGCCCGGAGCUGUUUGAUCUGUCUCGUUUAGUGGACAGUCUGGGGGUCCCCAGCCCUCGGACCUGCCGGACCCCUGAAUCCUUCCUGGGGCCCACAGGGGCCUCCCUGGUCAAUCUGGACAGCCUGAUACCAGCCAACCCCCCAGCCAAAACCAAGAACCCCUUCCUCUCAGGUCUGAGUGCUCCAUCUCCCCUCAACCCGUUCCAGAGUGAACAGCCUCGUCUCACUCUGAAUCAGAUGCGUCCCAGCUCCACGUCCCCCGUCCCCCCCUCCGGUCCUCCCUCCCUGCCCUACAGUGCUUCUCUGCCCCUGCCCUCCAGCCACCAGCCGGCCAGCCUUCCCUCCUCCCUCACCCAGCCCACCCAGGGAGCCCUGGACAUACCUGGGCUGCCACAGCCCCUGCUACCCCUCUCAUCCAUCUCGUCUCUGGGAGACCAGCACAGUCAGAACCCCUUCCUAUGAUGCCUGUCCAGCUGAACUGGACAGAACCCCGUAACAGGGAAGGUGGACCAACACCAACGUCUGCCAUGUGCAGUAGAUCACCUGAUGGAGGAGGAAGGAGAGGUAGAAAGAGAGAGAACAGAACUUGUUUAGGUCUAUAGUAACCUGAUCCUGAUACAUACAGGCCUAUGCCCAAGCUCAUCCUUCGCUGUAGUAAGCACAGUGGGUGAAGACAUUUUGAUGCUAAAGUACUUAGCAAUACUUUACAAAGCGAGUGUGUAAGCACUAACCUAUUCUCAGAUCUGUUCGUGCCCUCUUUCCAACUAUGGUCAUUGGCUAUACAACACAAACAGAUCUGGGACCAGGUUAGUUAACUGCUUUUCCAACUGCUUCCUACCUAGUCACAUGCCCCGCCCACUCUGCUGCAUACUUUAGUUUGAUUGGCUCCUCAAUGUUGCUCCUGAUCCAGCACUGAACUGAUUGUACACCAGAUAUGCCUGCUUAUCUCUCCGACCGACGGACCACAAUGCACUGGGACAGGACGCCCACUGUUCCGCCGCACUGCUCUAUGCUGAUUGGUUGGUCCGCUCUCUGGACUGCUUUCAUUGGUCGGCUCUUUCUCUCCUAUUAUGUCUCCCAUGAUGCCCCAGGGGAUAACUCGGACAAGUCUUUUCAGGAGGAUGUAACGUUACAGAAUGCUCAGAUAGAAAUGUAUCAUAUAGAACAGAUAUGAUUGUCUGCCAGAUAGAAUAAGGGAAGUGUGUCAGCUCUAUUCAAUCUAUUUCUGUCUGCAAACGUUCAGUAUGUUUCCCAGCACAGACUGCAACUCUUGCUUUCUGAGAACGGACAGAGAACAUGCCACACCGGUGAUGAGACGCCAGACAACCCACAUCCAUAUAAUGACCACUCAGUUUUAAGUUUCCUUUUUGUUGCAUUAGGCCUAGUAAGACUCACUCAGAGUGAGUUCUUGUGUAAUGGUGGUUUUCUGUUGGAAUGGAACAGUGUUGAUGGUGAGAAAGAUUCUAAUGUAGUUUGAUUGUAUUGUAGUGGACUGGAGUGGGAUUCCUUUGGGGGAUAACUGAAUGAAAUCUGCUUUUCAAGGGACCGGAAUAACUGCAGGAUUCACUACAGGGGCAAAUCCUAACGCUCUCGCUUCAAGUUGAAUUUUGCAUUGAUGUCAAUGGGAGAAGUGGAAAUUCAAUUGCAGUGGAAGUUAGAAUUCGACCCUAUAAGCAAGGCAACAUAUUAGAAGAAUGUUGAAUUGAAAUCAUGAUUUUUUUUAUUCUCAUUGCUUGUGAAACACUGAUUGUCAUCAUCAAAUAUAAGGGUAUAAUUAACUAAUAA